CGUGAUCAACGCGUGGUUCUUUUUUUAGCGGCAUUUUGUAACAGAUCUGCUGUCUUCACAAGAGAAAAAGAGGAUUUUUAAUUUUUUGAUUUAUAAAGCCUUUUUAACGACAUAUCAGAAAAAUGCCCAGAGAUAAAUUGACGAAGUUUCACAACAAGUUCAGCGAAGAAGCUGAAGAAGUGAUUACGAAAUUUUUUCCCGAGAAGGUAGCUGAAUUGGACGGCCUCCUUAAGUCUGGUCAAUUCAGUAUGACUAAGAUUCCUGAAGUUCAUAGUAAGUCCAUUAUUCCAAUAUCACACCCCAAAGAUGGCAAAUAUAAUGAUGUUGACAAGCAUACAAACAAGAAAAGGAAGCUAUCCCAUGGUGAAGAAAUUGAACAAAUGGCAGAACUGGUUGCUGUUGAUCUUGUUCCGUGUAACCAGUUUAUUCAGGAUUUAGUCAUAUUAUUGAAGCCGAACAUUCAAAUCCUCAUGGAAAAAUGCAACAUGAUCAAGAUGUGGAUCCAGCUUUUGAUUCCAAGAAUCGAAGAUGGAAACAAUUUUGGUGUCUCUAUACAAGAAGAAGCUCUUAGUGAGGUACAGAGAAUAGAAGGAGAAGCAGCUUCUUUCUUAGACCAGAUAGCACGAUAUUUUGUGACCAGAGGAAAAAUCAUAUCAAAAGUUGUCAAGUAUCCACAGCUUGAGGAUUAUAGACAUGCAGUCCAAGAACUUGAUGAAAAAGAAUUUAUUAGUUUGAGGCUGUGCUGCUGUGAACUGAGAAACCACUAUCUUAUUCUCCAUGACACCAUCACAAAGAAUAUGGAAAAGAUCAAAAAACCAAGAUCAAAUAAUGCAGAAACCCUCUAUUAAUAUAACCACCACGACUGAUACAACCGCUGUACAUGUACCUGAUCACUCCGUGACUCAAGAUAUGUCUUUUACUUUUACUUUACUUUUACUCAACUGGAAGCAUUUCCCAUAGAAAACAUUUGCCUCUCAUUGAGGUUCACUUGAUGUGAAGUGACUGUUUUCUCAGAUUUUUCAAAUGGUAACCAAGGUUUCUUAACAAACCCUAUGCAGCAAAACAUAACCUUUGGAAACCAGGGGACUCAACUGGCAAAAUAUCUAUAAAAAUAGCCAGUAUGUACAUGUAUGAUACAUGUGUCUAAUUAGCUAUUCCAAGGAUGAGGGUUAAAACUGGUUCUAGUUGGCAUUGCAGUGCAUUUUGGGGACUAAAUGGAACUCAUCUUAAAAAUGUCUGCUAAAAUAUCCCCAAAAUGCACUGUAAUGCCAAUUAGAACCAGUUUUCCCUCAUCCUCGGGAUAGUUAAUGAGACCUCUUGCAUAAAAUCCUAAUUAGGGAUUAUAAAAAAAAGAUGAAAAAAAUCAUUAAAAUAAAUAGCCUUUGAUGCACUCUGAUUUUUAGGGUUACCAUCACUUUUUGCCACAAAUUAUCGAUUCUCUGGUUAAUCAACAUUAGACCCAAGUCCCUAAGUGAAGCCCAAUCGUCAAAAUUGUUUUCUUUUUAUAGCAUGACACAGUGUAUACCAUGUCUCAUGCAAUCUUUUUAUGUCACACCUAAAAUAUGAGGUGCAAAAGUAUUGAUGCCAAUUGCUUAUCCAAGCUUCAUAAAUCAUAUUACUUUUUAACUUAUUAACUAUGUUUAUUUGUCAUUCCGAAGUCCAAAGGAAGACUGGUAACGACAUCGUGUUGCAAAGAAUUGUGGGAUUGAGUGAAUACGGGAGGUGGCGGAGCUUCUUGAUCGCUUCACCACAUUAUGCCCCACAAUGCUAUGUAACAAGAAGUCGUUACAAUUCGAUUGUGGACUUCGGAAUGAAAGCUCCAUAGAAUAGCUAGAAUUCUCCAGUGAGAUCCAAGUACAGCUAGCAUUCAAUAUUUAAGCAUUAUGUCUAUUUUUUAACACUAGUUGCUUUUGAUUAUUUUCAAUUUUUAUUUAAUUAUUUUCAAUUUUUUGAAACCGUUUAACGUCAUAACAUUAUAUACUGGCCAAAAUUGCUGUAUUAUUGGUACGUUCAACCGGGAAGAUAGCUUAGCAGAAACCCUUUUAGCACUAGUAUAUUAGCCCGACACUGAAUAACUGGGCAAUUGACGAUAAAAUGUCAAAAAAUUAAUUAGAAAUAA